UAAUUUAAUUUUUCAUUUCAGUCAAGUCCAUUGUUAAGUGAGCGUGCACCUCCUGAGGGUCAGGAAGACCCUCCCUUGCAUCAAUCCAUCACCAGUCUUUUCCAAAACAACAACAACAGUAACAGUGAUGACAGUAACAACAACAAUGCCAGCGAGCCAGCGACAGGAGAGAUGCCAGACAGUGAGCAGGAAAAGGGUGUGCCACAAGAAAGAGAUACACGUGUUGGCUGCUUCUCCCAUCACAGUGAUAUCAUCGAUGGGGUGCGGUGGGAGGAGUUGACAAAGAUAGGUCAGGAGAUGCUAAAGGAAGGCUGCCAAGAAAAUGGAAAGUUUGGAAAGGAGGCACUAAUUUCCCGGAUAUACCAAGAAAGUGACAAAAGUGAAACACAGAAAGUAACAGGCACAAAGCCCAAACGAAGGCAGGACUAUCUUAACCAAACUGACAUUCAGACGUGGAGGUCAGGCAGUAAGAGCUCAGGACCCAAGAAGUUCCCUCAGAGAAGCAGCUGCUAUGCCAAGACACACCAUCAUAUAAGCUUGGGCGACCGGAAGCGGCUAUAUAAAAAACUAUACAAAGAAGAGAAAAGAUUACCCAGUCUUUAUAUACCUGCCAAAGUAGAACCAUCUGCUUUUAAGGAAGAGGAGGAGCGACUUGCCUUGGAAGUGGCACAAGGCCAGUCUAACCUCACUCUUCCUGGAGCUCAAGUGGACCCUUUGGCCAAGCAGAGGUUCACUGCUCACUUCUUUGCAGCUGAAGAAGAAAAGUUUUACAAAAUGUUCAGUGUGAGGGAAGGCCACAGCAGCGGGGAGAGUGUCGGGGUCCAAGUAGUCCUUUCCACCCACGCCCUCUACGUUGUUGCUCCAUUGCCGAGGGGAGCAAAGCCUCGCCACUCCAUGAAGUACUCGGACAUCUACACCAUCAUUGUUGGAGCAAAUGACCAGUGGAUAUGUGUCAUAAGUAAGGAGGCCAUGCAGAAAGACUUCACUGCCACAGGAACUUUUCCUGGUGUCCAGUUGGAGAUUGGAGACCCUGACGUCACACACAGCUUCAUGAGUUCCUUGGAGCUUGCAAUCCGUCGCCAUUUUCUCUCUGGGAGACUGGGUACAAGAGGUGUGGCUGCAGCACACUCUGUGAAGGACUUGAAGCCUUCCUCAAGGAAAGGUUUUCUACAGGAAUUCACCAGAGAAUGUGUUGACAACUUCUCCAACUCCCUUUUAGAAGAAUCCCUUCUAAAUGCAUGGGACACUCAGAAGUCUGCUGACAUUAGUCAAGCAACAACUGGGAGCAGUGAAGCCUCCCCUGCAGUGACUCCAGGAUCUGUUCAUUCCAGUCAAGAGUCAAGUGAUGCCAGUCAGUUGUCAACAGACAUCAGUGAUAUGUCCAAUGAUACAAGUCAGUCUCUCGAUGAGGCAAGCCACAUGUCUGGUGAACUAAGUAGAGCAUCAUCAGAUGAUAGUCAGGCAUCAAAUGACAUUAGUCAUUUGUCAUCAGAUGUCAUAUUAGGCUCCACAGACUCAAGUCGCCAUGCUUCAGACUUGAGUAAUUCAUUAUCGGAUGAAACUCCCACCUCAUCAGACAUGGUCCAGUCCCUCUCGAGUAUCAGUGAUGCAUCGCUGAACAUGAGUCAGGCCUCUGGCCAUGGGGAGCCUGAGUCCUGUGAAACAAGCCAGCAUUCUGGAGGCACCAUCAAGGAUUCAGAUGAAGCAGAGCAGGCUCAUCAUCCUCUAAAACUUGAGCUGCAGAGGCAAAACAAUUUUUACUCUUUUGCUGGAGGAUAUUUACGUUGGAAUGGAGCAUUGCUGGAGCAGACCCUCCCUGCGGUGGUUGUGCAUCCUUCCUGGGAACUGCCAAGCCUCAGUGGGUGGCUGAGGACGAAGCUGCGUCUCCAGGAAUCUCCUGAAGUGGUUGGUUACUGGCUGGUGGACUGGGAGGAUGGCAGCAGCCUUGGGGGAGGUGACUCAGCAUAUGGUCCCUUGGGGCCCACCAAGGAGGGUUCCCUUAUGUUCAAGCCUCCAGGUCUUCUUAUGCCUUGGAGGCCUGCAUAUUUUAUACUCAAAGCUGGAGUUCUGUACCAGUUCAAUGAUGCCCGGGAGAGGCUGCCACACAUGAUCGUGGAGGUAGUGCAGUGUGUGGGGUGUGUACGCUUGUCCUCCAGCCAGCGGCCCCAUGCCUUCCAGCUGCUGAGGAAGAAGGACACGCCCCUCAUGCUAGCCGCCUCUGAUGAGCAUCAGGCCUCACUGUGGCUGCAGGCCUUCCUCACCAUUAUUAACAGCGGGGUACGAGACAUCAGUGAGAGGAUGCAGGUGCCAUGCCGUGUGGUCCUCCUGGAAUCGGGAGUGUUGUUAGCACAGCAGUCAGACCUGUUCCUUGGGCCACCACCAAACCCAGACCCCAACAGCAGUGACAAAGACAUUCCAGGAAACUCCUCACAGCAGCUUCUUGGAUCCUCCCCCAGCACUCAGCCCUCUUUGGCACAACUAACCAUAGAGAAAAAGGACUCCGACAAACCAAAGAACAUGCUUCUUACUCACCUCAAAGAGCGCAAACCCCUGAGCUCUUCCUUGACAGCCCUAAACCAUGUUGGUGGUAUCUCCUCAGUCCCUGGCAGUCCUGUGAGGCGUAUUUCCCGAGCGGAGAAAUGCUUGUCCCCAGCACACAAGAACCUUCAUCUUCGCCAGAACAGCCUUUCAAAACUUCCUGAUAUUCAGGGAGCCAGUGAGAGGCAACACUCCACAGACAAGUCAUCACUACAACCACCUUCCCCACAGAGAAAGUUAUCUGUGCAGCAAACUCUUGAUGGGAAGGGAAGGAAGGAGAGCACAACACGACUGGCCGAAAGCUUCAGAUCUACUGGGGAAGUUAAAGUGUUGACGAUAAGUGCAAUGGAGCAUUUGUCUUCCAUCUCACUAUAUGCUGAGUGCCCCACCACCUGCCUCUUAGAGUUUGAGUGCAGUGAAGCUGGGGAGAUCUCCGGGGACUGGGCACUCUAUUUCCGCUCCGGCAGCCAGCUACAGCAGUUUGUUGCCGCACUGGCCCACACUUGGCAGUUGUUCUCCCAGGUUGAGUUUCCCUUGCGGCGGAUAGAGGAUGCAGGCGUUCAGCAGUUCCUCUUGGAAGGCUCACAGAUCUCCAGCAAUGGUUGGUCACUCCUGCACUUGUAAGAUUUGGAUGAAGCAAAGCCAUCCCCAACACUCCAGAAAAGGAAGGUUUGAUCUGCCUCAUCAGCAGCCUUACAGGUUUUUUAUAUAAGUUUAUAUUACUUGCUGUAAGAGACACUUAAAAGGAUGAUGCUCUUAUGACAUAAAAAUGAAAAAUCAAGCUAACUAUUACAAUAGAGGUAACACUGUGUUUCCUUUGCUGUGAUGCUUACGUGUUUUUUCUUUUGUGUGCAUUGCAAGGUAGGAAGUACAGCAAUUCACUGGUAAGUAAUGGUUUAUAGUUAAAUGUGUGCAAAGAAUUUUGAACAAUAAAUGUACACUAAUACUCACCUACUUAGAGUGUGCUACCUUGUUAGGACAUUACUCUCUAGUCAUGUGACAAUACAAAGCUUUAAAAACUUGGUUCCUUUAUGUUUUUUGCUGUAAGAGAAAGGGAAUUCUAAUAGAUAUUUGUACGACCGCUGAAUGUUGAGAAAAUUGUGUUUUACCACAUUAACUGACAUGUAAGGUGCACGAACAUGUAAGAUAUACCACAGUUUUCUGCAUGCAAUGUACCUAUAGCAUUCUUCAUCAUAUUUUUUGUUUGAAUUUCUAUUACAUUUGUAACACGUGAAAAUAAUGGAGCUACCAGUGUCUAUCUAUUAACAGUAGUUAUACAUGUACAUAUAGCAGUGGAACUUGCAUAGCUUGUCACAUGUGAUACUCCUGGUGCACAAGUGACCACCAGUUCAUGUAUGUGGUCAUGUGUUGUCACUGAAUUUUUUUUUGAUGGGUGUUAUUUUAUAUUAAGAAGUAUUAAUGCUAUGUUCUUUAACAUUAGAAUAUAGUUAUUAACACCUAGGAAGCACCCAGGCAAGUUGUGUAAGGGAUAGUUUUUCAUUUGAUUUAACAGGUAAUUUUUUUAGACAAAGAAAAAUUGCACCUUGCAUACCAGAAAAUGUGAUACUUAAUUUUUAUAUUAAGUUAAUGCAUAGUUUCAGAUAUUUUCAUUUAUAAUACAAGACAAAAGUUUUCUGAUAACUGUAGAAGUAAGGAAGAAAAGUACUUGUGCUGCACCUGUGCUAGAAUCACAGACAACGCCACACUUUGGAGAUGGCACUUGGCACGACGGCUACACACUUGACAGGCAAAAAAAAGGAAGUGCCUGUACUGUGUUUCCUUGUUUUGUACUGUGCAUAAAAAUUUUGUUUUGCCAAUUGAGGUUACAGCCAUCAUGAACACUGAGCCAUAGUCUUGAUUCAUCUCAUAGAAAGUCUUGAUUACUUUACUGAACUCUGUCUGAUAUUUUACACCAUAGUUUGCAGCAUUCUGUCCCUUGUGAUACUUUAGGUAGCUCUAGGGUGUUGGUGAAGCAUUGGCCAAAAAGUUGGGUUGCAAUCAUGCUGUUUAAAAAUAUUUUCCUUUGAAAGAGGAAUCUCGAAAUAGUUUUAUAAUUGCUCACAAUCAUAUUGCAUAAUCAGAAAAAAUCUUUCUUUUUAUUAUUGGAGCUAAGUCAAAACUAAGAAGCAUUUUAUAUAUAUAAACUGUAAGUGAAUCAUGUCUUCAUGAUAUGCAGUAUUAUGGAAGUGGAUGAGAAGAGGGUGAAGCAAGGGUGCUGUGGAUUGCAUUUGUCACAUUAUUGUCAAGGUUCACAAAUGAGGUGUUGCAUCUCAUGUGGAUUGGGUUACCAUUUUCCUAUUCCUCCCUGAAGGUGCUGAACAGACUUGAUUAUUGCUUCCCAUGAGCUUCUUUGUCACUAAUGGCUGUGGACCAAGGGACUCAUUGGUGGAUAAGGUAUCUGUGGCAUAUCAGCAAGAGUCAUAGCUGUUGAUGGGAACAACUGGGAAUGUAUUUAAUUUAAGAAGAGACUCAUCUAUGCAUUAACUAUUUUAAAUCUUAUUUAUUAUAAUUAUAGUUGAAGAUUUUAUGUGCCAGUAUAAAAUAUUAAAAUUCAGGUAAAGAUAGUAAUGGUUGAAAGGGUGAUGAUGUAAGUAUUAUAAAUUAGGGAACUUUUUUGUCAUUGUAUGUUAUAGAUAUAUAGAAAGAUUAUUUAUGAGGGAUGAGGGAUUUGUUGGAAUUGUUGCGUGGCCUUAGAAUUUUUCUGUAUUCUAUAGAUAUUUUUUAUGAUGAUAACAUUGAGCAGCUGUAUCUUUGGUUCUUGGUGAAUUUUUCAAAUUCCUGCAUUCCAAGUCUCAUUCAUAUUAUACCGGUAGUAAAAUAAUCGCUGCCUUUUAUUUGAGUGGGAAUGGCUUGCCAGUGGAGAUUAUAUGUAUUUUUAAAACGUAACAUAUUCUGCUUUACCAGUGUGUGUGUGUGUGUGUGUGUGUGUGUGUGUGUGUGUGUGCGC